UGGCGGUCUGGAUUUCACCGUGGAAGCGACGGCCAUCCGCUCUCUUCCUAUUGUUUGGGUUUCUCCCGAUGUCCCACCUCUAUCUCUCACUCUCCCACUCACUCUCACGGUCCGUUGUCAUAUUGUACGUACAUGAGGCUCCCCUCUUCUGUCCGUGCUUGGCUGUCACGCUCGGUCCUCGCUGACGCACGUACAGCAGCAGUAGUACUGUUUAACGAAUGGCAAUUUCGAUUCUGGAAACUAAGUGCAGUGCUAUUUUGUGAUUGGGGGAAAUCUUUGAGGAAGAAACUGUUCUGUGUCAAUUAUGGUCCCCCGCAACCUGCGAAUAAUUACCAAUGAUGAUGACGCAAUACUUACUUGGUGAUGUUCUUCUGACGAGCGACGAAAAGAGAUAGAUGGGGUGAGCCUUUUAUCUGCAAAUCGUCACAAACUUCACUUGUUCUAAAGGGAGAGACAAUGAGAUUGAAUUACAUGCAUGAAGAUUAAAUGGCUGUUUAUCUCAGUACCAUGUGAUUUACACAAAUGACAAUGGAAAAACAGACAAAAUGUUAAAUACAGACGAAAUCUUGAGAACUAAUGUGUUAGCUUCUCCAUAAUUCUCGGAUGUUAAAGCUUUUGAUAAGGAAGGUGGCUGGCAGAGGUGUUGUCCUGGUCUCCGCACCGGAGGGUCACCUUCAACCAAUCAUGCUCGAGUGUUCAGCAGCAAUACGACACCAGUGAUGACUGAAGUGACCACGCCUCCUGAUGCCAGGAGGGAGGGUUAACGAACGUUCGAAGGCGCCCUCACCAUGGAGUGCGACACGACGCCCCUCCUCUUGGUCUGCCCUCAUGCAUCUCAGAGCGAUGAGUCAGAGGCUACCACCCCUAGAGGUACGAGUGAGAAAUUCAUCGACGUCGUUGGAUCAAAUAGUUGCAGCAACAACAACAACAACAACAACAACAAUAACCUCCGGGUCUCUGCGUCGUCGUCAGAGGACCCACCACCCCCGUGUGAUCAUGCUCAAGAGAGGAGGAAGCUCUUCCCCCGAAUUGGAUUUCCCUCAUUUUUCACCGGCCGGACUUCGUCAGACAACAACCCGAAGAUGGCCGAAGGAGUUCUAAAGUCUCGCGAGACCAACUCCUUUUUCUCUUUCGCGUGGGUGCGGUCGAAGGCCGGGGCGAGUCGGAUCAUCGGCAACAGCAAGAGGCGGACGAGUGGAGGAGGGUCGAGGCCGCCCAAGAAGCACGGGAGGACUUCGAAAAACAGCGACGAAUCGCCGGCGCUUCUCACUCCCGAACCUGGAAAGAGAAGGAGGAAGCAUCGAUCUCGCGUGGCCGACUUGCGAAGUAACUGCAAGACGGCCUACGACGAGCAACAAGAAUCGCCUGAGGGCUGUGAAAAAGAAAACGCUUCUAAUAAACCUCGUACCUGGGUGUCACCGCCUUCCUGGUCAUCGGUCGUUCACGGACUGCGAUCGGUUGCAUUGGUGUUGAUGGUGACGUUACUAAGUCCCGUGGGGGCCUUCUGUCCAAGAGGUUGCUCUUGCGAUGAUGUUCGGUUGAGUGUGCAGUGCGUCAAUGCCGAUCUGGAUGUGAUUCCGAUUUUGCUGCAUCCGGGAACCCUGGAGCUCAAUCUCAGCCAUAAUAGAAUAAAGACUAUUCUCGAGGGACUCAUAUUUUACAGCGAGCUUCAGUAUCUUGAUUUGUCUCAUAAUGAAAUCGUGUCACUUGGUUCUCAGAACUUCGCUUCUCAGAGAGCGCUUAAUACGUUAGUGAUAAACAAUAACAAAAUUUCGAGAAUACAAAGCAGAGCCUUCCUCGGUCUUUCAAAUCUCAGUCAUUUGGAUCUCAGUGACAAUUACAUUGAAUCGAUUGAAAAGAACGCGUUUAGUUCCCUUGGGAAACUACGAAGCCUUGAUUUAUCUAAUAAUAGAAUUAAAAACUUGACUGUGAGUACCUUUAUGAAACUUCGUGGGCUCAAAGUGCUUAAUUUGUGCAAAAAUGCUCUCAAGGACAUUUCGAGUGUGAUAUUUGAACCCCUGAGGGAACUGGAAGAUUUAGACUUGUGUUCAAAUCAAGUCACGACCAUCCAAGACUUCGCUUUCAAAAACCUGAAAAGUCUUGUGAACCUGAAACUGAGCAAUAACAAGAUCCGUCACUUCGCAGAUAAAGCCUUCAGCGGCCUUGACUCGCUAAGACUCUUGGGGUUGAGAGACAAUGCCUUUGGAGAGGUCCCAACCCACGUCCUCCCCUCCAUUAAGGGGCUGGAGGAGUUGGACAUUGGCAUCAACCCCCUGACGGCGCUGCCUUUCGGUCCAUUUACCCAUCUCGUAAAUCUUAAGAGUCUGCACAUAUCAAGAUGCUUAAACCUCUCCUUCAUCGACGAGGGAGCCUUCACCAGCCUCAAUAAAUUAACUUCUCUCGUUCUCAGCUUUAACCCACAAAUAACGACCCUUCAUAGGGACAUCUUCAAGCCCCUCGUGGGUCUUCGUCAUUUAGUCUUAAGGGGCAAUGGCUUGAGAGGGUUUGAUCGCUCUCUCGUUAGACCAACUCUGCUCCAGUCUCUUGAUCUCAGAGACAAUAACCUGGAGUGCAAUUGUUCCAUCAAGUGGCUGCAAGAGGCGAAGAUGAACAAUAGUCUCUCUCUGAAAAUUGAAGAUAUAUCAUGCUCCGGGCCGGAGGCGUUGAAAGGGAGGAGUCUCUUCGAGCUAUCGGAAUAUGAUCUCGAAUGCUACAAUAACGUCGUCGUCAUGGCCUCUUGUGCCGCUGCUACGAUGGCCUUAAUCUUGCUCAUAGUCGGGGUCAGCGUUUUGUAUUACAAGAACUGUCGAAAGAUGAAGUCGAUGGUGCACGACAACUGGCCGGAAAAAAUCGUCGCGACCUGGAAGGACCCCGAAUACGAGAAACAGGUAGAGGAUGAGGAGUACACCUUCCACUCCCUCAGAGGUAUUCAACACAUCCCCGUCACCGUCAUAUGACAGGAGCUCAAUGGAGACCAACCCCCGCCUUCUGGUCUCCAUGAUGAGCUGUUAGAGAGAACGAAGGCGCUCAAAUCUUCUUCUUCUCAGUCAGACGAGGAGAGCAGCAGAUGCAGGAGUAACAGGCCAUCAACCAAAAGCAGGAAGACAGUGGACGACCCUUGCGCGUCGCUAAAGUCCCAGAAGAGGAGACCCAACCAAGAGGAUUACUUCGGGGUGCUUCCUCUCGAGAACGGCGUGAGUGGCGGGACGAGUAGCCGCAGCAGUAGCAGCAGUAGCGGCAGGAACGGGGUGGUGAGGAUGCCCCAUUAUCUCCCGCCAUCUCCCCCUCCCGUUCUAAACAAGCCACCUCGCCAGCACAGCCACCAACAGCACAAUCAUCACCCGAUAUACGCCGAGCCCAACGUUAGGCCUAAGUUCGGCAGCAACGGCACGACCAGCAAGUCCUCUAAGGACUCCGGUUAUUAUUCCUGCGAGUUUUUAGACCAGAAUCCGUACACAGGAUCCAUUAAAGAGUCCGGUGUCAAGAUGUCUUCCUCCCAGAGUAGGAGUCUGGGUCGACAUCUGCCACCCAGUGACUCGGGAGUCUUCACUCUGAGUCACAUCUAUAAUAGGCCUAGUCAGUACAGCUUUAACAGUCAACAGGACGGGAUUUACGACAACAUAAUUUGAUAAUUAUGAAAAAAAAACCUGCCAAUUGUUUGUUAUUUUCCUCUGCUGACGAUUAGAAUUUCUGAAGAACGAUAGGUUCAUAAGUUGAAUUUCCAUUGGAGGUUUGUGAAUAAGAAUAAUUACUGGCUAUUCCCAAUAAUAUCAGCUUUUUAUAAGGAAGCUUUGAUUACUAUCCUACCUAUUUGCGAUGUUCUUUCUUUUCAUUCCAUUAGAAUAUAGUUAGUGUUAAAAAAAAGGUUAAAAUUUGUUUAACUUUUUGCAUGAUCUUGUAAAUAACCAUAUCCCCGUUCAACUCUGCUCACGAACACUUUUUUGAAUUUCAAUCCAGGAGGUGCACAUACGACUUCAUUCAUUUAAUUUUGAUUCAUUGAAAAGCAAUUGGACAAGUUAAGUAAGACCGUGGUUCCAGUUGAAUGAUUCGAAUUUAUUCAUAUUCCACGACGGUAUCUUCCAAGCAAGAAAAGGAUACAUUCCACACUAUUGGACUUGUCGACGACAUCCUACAACUGAUUGUAAAGCAAUGCUAACUAUGUAUAUUUAAGAGAUUUUUUGACAGCACCUUCACCGAGCUCUACAUGGCUUGCUUUACUUAGGUUAAAGCGACAUUCUGCACCUUUGUAAUCUUCCAAAAAAUAAAAUAAAAUAAAAUAAAUAAACCAUGUUUUGAGGGGUAGACUUUUACAUCCAUUUUAAAGGAGGUACACCAUUCAAAGAAAUUUUGUAUACUAUAUACGUUUUUUCUUGUCAUUAAACUAUGAUUAUGCUUCA